GUGUUGUCAGUUGUCAUGCAAAUUAAAAAAUGUAAAUAGAAAAGAGUGGUUUAGAUUAUUAAAAUUAUUAUAAUUCUUAGAGUCUUUAGUGAUAAUAUUAUGUUUCUAAUUUUUUCGUGAUGGUUUUCCACAUUAAAUGUUGCGUGCCUCAUUGCAAAAGCAUAACCAAAAUAAGACGUAGGUUCCCUAACCCAACUAAACAAAUAAGAUAGGUUCAACAAAUGGAUUUACAGCUAUUAAUAACUUUGAGCUGAUAGAAAUGAAUUCAAAAAAUGUUCACAAUCGUAAAAGGGUGUGUAACCAACAUUUUGAGGCUAAAUAUUUGUCUAGUAGGUUUACCAAGUUACUUCCGCAUGCUGUUCCAACAUUAAAUCUCCCUGCUUUAAGUUCGACUGGCUCAAAUGUUGAUAAUGAAAUGUGCGAUACUCCAUCCACAUCCACCAAACCAACCCAAGAGAUUUCAAGAGAACAGGACAAAACUUCUUGUCGUCCUGUUCAACUACCCGAACCAGACGAUACAUUAAUUGAGAUUUCAGGCAGGAAUAAAACUUCCACAAGUAUUGAGGAUGUGGUUGAUAAGGAAUUUUCACUUGAGAUCAAGAAUAUCGAAGAGGAAACAAUAAAAGUUGAACACAUUAAACAUGAAGAAAUGGAAGUUAGUGAAAUUGUUUUGGUGAAACAAGAAACGGAUGUUUCAGCUGCAGUCUUUCCACAUUCGGAAGAGGACAAUCAUUGUGUGAUUGAAGAUAAGGAAAACGUUCGGCUGUUCAUCGAUGGAAAAGAAAGUAUCAAUUCGAGCGAUGAAUCGACAGAAAAAGAAUUCAAUCCAAACAAAUUUGAGAAUGAAUUUUCACAGAAAGAGGAAGUGACUCCGAAAACACAUUUUGAUUCAAAUGAAUACAAUUGCCACUUGUCCGAUUAUAGUUCAAAUCGAAGCAAUACUCCUGAACAGCAUAUGGAUUCCAUUAAUUCCAAUUCGAACAAAUACAAGUGUCAAUUGUGUGAUUAUGUUACGAAACAUAAAAGUGCCCUCAGACCUCAUAUAGAAUCCGUUCAUUUAAAUUUAAGAAAGCACAUGUGUCUCUUUUGCGAUUACUCAGCGAACAACAAAACGUAUCUCAGGAUACAUGUAGAUAAUGUUCAUUUAAAUUUGAAGAAACUUCAAUGUCACUCGUGUGAUUAUGCCACGAACUCGAAAAUAAAUCUCGAAAUACAUGUGACUAGUGUUCAUUUAAAAUUGAAACAACACAAGUGUCACUUGUGUGAGCAUGCUGCGAGCAGGUUUAGCAAUCUUAAAGCACAUAUAGACGUAGUUCAUUUGAACCGGAAGAAACACAAGUGUCACCUGUGUGAUUAUGCUGCGAGUUCUGAAACGAAUCUCAAGUUACAUGUGGAUGGCAUUCAUUUAAAUUUGAGGAAACACAAGUGUCACUUGUGUGAGUAUGCAACUAAUCGAAAAGUGAACCUCAAACGACACGUAGAUAACAUUCAUUUAGACAUAAAGAAACACAAAUGCCCCUUGUGUAGUUAUGCAACCAAUUAUAAAGAUACCUACGAGAAACAUAUAGAUUCCAUUCAUCCCGAUUUGAAGAUUUGUGAUUAUUCCGCGAACUCGCAGCAGAACUUGACUAUACAUACAAAUUCUGUUCAUUUGAAUUAAAAAACAUAAAUUUCACAUGACAUUUGUUAUCAUGAGGCAAGUCCUGAAAAGAUUCUCAAGUUACGUGUGUAUAUGGUAUUCAUUUAAAUUUGAGAGAACAUAAGUGUCACUUGUGGGAGUAUAUAACUAUAAUUAAAAUUGAACCAAAGAUUAAUGUUUGCCUCAAACGACAUAGAGAACAU